AUGGGUUCUAAAGAAAAGUCUGUGUCAAAAUCUGCUUCUAAAACUAGCAAAAGCAAGAGCGAGCCUAAGGUCAAGUCCAAGGUAAGCAAGAAGGCCGAGUUGAAGAAGAAGGAGGAGGAGUCUGACUCUGAUUCCGACUCUGAUUCCGAUGCUGAUUCUGAUUCCAGCUCCAGCUCCAGCUCUAGCUCCAGCUCUAGCUCCAGCUCUAGCUCCAGCUCUGACUCUGACUCUAGCUCUAGCUCCAGCUCUAGCUCCAGCUCUAGCUCCAGCUCUAGCUCCAGCUCCAGCUCUGAUUCCGAUUCCUCCAGCGACUCCGAGUCUGAAGCUGAAGAGCCCAAGAAGGAAUCCAGCUCCAGCUCCAGCUCUAGCUCCGAAUCCGAAGAUGAGGAGAAGCCUAAGAAGGAGUCCAAGGACUCCAGCUCCGACUCUGACUCCAGCUCUAGCUCUGAUGACGACUCUGAUGACGAUGAAGAGAAAGAGAAGAAGUCCUCGUCCAGCUCGUCCAGCUCUUCCGAGGAUGAGAAGCCCUCUAAGAAGCGCCCCGCUGACGACGCCGAGGAGUCUACUCCUUCUAAAAAGCAAAAGACUGACGGCCCCGGUGCAACCGUUUUCGUUGGAUGCUUGUCCUGGAACGUCGACGACGCUUGGCUCUACGAGGACUUCCAGUCUACCACUCCCGGUGUUUUGAGUGCUCGUGUUAUCACUGAGCGUGAGUCCGGUCGCUCCAAGGGUUACGGCUACGUUGACUUCGACACCGAAGAAAAUGCCACCAAGGCCCUCGAGACCAUGAACGAGCGGGAGAUUGAUGGCCGUGCUAUCCGCGUUGAUUUGUCCAAUUCCGAGCGUAAGGCCCCUGUCGAGCGUGUUAACACCCGUGCUCGCCAGUUCAAUGAUCAGCUCUCCGAGCCCUCGGACACUCUCUUCGUUGGCAACCUUUCCUUCCAGGUCAACCGUGACGAGCUUUUCGAGAUCUUCGGCAACCACGGUAACGUUCUCACUAUCCGCGUCCCCACCCACCCCGAGACCCAGCAGCCCAAAGGCUUCGGCUAUGUUCAGUUCGGUAGCGUCGAUGACGCCAAGGCCGCUUUGGAGGCUUUGAACGGUGAGUACAUCAGCGGCCGUGCUGUUCGUCUUGACUACUCCGUCCCUCGCGAGGGCGGCUCGUUCGGCGGCAACAACAACCGUGGUGGCUCCUUCGGUGGCAACCGUGGCGGCAACCGUGGCGGCUCGUUUGGCGGCCGUGGUGGCAGCCGUGGUGGCAGCCGCCAGAGCACUCCUUCUCGCGGCUCGCCUGGCCCCAGCAAUUACUCUCCUCGUUCUGGUGGAUUCCAGGGCAAGAAGACCACUUUCUAA